AUGGCUGUCCCUCCAAGUAAAAGGAGCCGACAUCAGACCAACAGCAUCAAGCCUCAGAAAGUUUCAAUCGAGGGGAAUAUUGCUGCUGGCAAAUCGACAUUGGUGCAGAUUUUGGGGCAGGCCAGUAAGGAUUGGGAUGUGGUCGCUGAGCCCAUCGCCCGUUGGUGUAACGUGCAAACUGAGGGAGACGACUCUGAGGAGUUAACCGCAUCUCAAAAGAAUGGAGGGAACCUGCUGCAAAUGAUGUACGACAAGCCAGAACGCUGGUCCUACACCUUUCAGAACUAUGCCUCUUUAAGCAGAGUGCGGUCACAGCUCAGACCUCUCAGCGACAGAGUGAAAGAUUCUGCCCAGCCAGUUCAAUUCUUUGAGCGAUCUCUGUACAGUGACAGGUAUGUCUUUGCUUCCAAUCUUUAUGAAUCUGAGUACAUCAAUGAGACUGAAUGGAUUAUGUACCAAGACUGGCACAGUUGGAUACACAGCUACUUUGGUAAAAAUAUCGAACUCAGUGGCAUCGUCUAUCUCCGGGCAACACCUGAGAAUUGUAUGAAGAGGCUGACCCUGCGAGGUCGCCCAGAAGAGAAAGGAAUCCCAAUGGAAUAUCUGGAAAAGCUUCAUGUCAAACAUGAGUGCUGGCUGCAAUACAGGACAACGAGGCUUCAUUUUGACUACUUGACGAGAGUUCCAGUUUUGACAUUGGAUGUUAAUGAAGAUUUCAAAGACAGUGAAGCACAUUGUAAUGACAUCAUUGAAAAGAUCAAGGGAUUUCUGCAUUCUUUGUAACAUUUAUAAAUUCUGUGCAACACAACAUUGGAGCCACUGGAGGAACACG